ACACAUUCUAUAAAAAGGCCUACGACACCACCUUCCCACAGCAUUCUCUCACACGCAAAACAGCGAACACCUUGUGCGCAUAAGAAAAAAACAACCAGCAUGUCACUCGCACACGACGCAGCGGCAUCCAUGAAAGUUUUCGAGUGCAAGACCUGCAACCGUCAAUUCUCGACUUUCCAAGCACUGGGAGGGCACUGCGCGAGUCACCGGAAGACGAGAACGGCGGGGGGGGGCGGCGGAGGUGAAGGGAAGACGGCGAAAGCCAGAGCUCACGAGUGCCCGAUUUGCGGCCUCGAAUUCGCGGUCGGACAGGCGCUCGGCGGCCACAUGAGACGGCAUAGAUCGAUGACGAUGAAGACGGAGGACAAGGGGGCGAUGUGGUUGGAUUUGAAUUCGAUGCCGGCGGAGAAUGAUUUCGAGGCUCGAAAAGAGGGUCGUGAACUGAGCACGAUGAGCUAACAAGACAAACUCAAGGUAGUCCCGACUCGACUCGUUAGCUGAUCGUGGGCCGGCUCGAAAACGUAGACUUAAGCUCGAUUUCGACCAACAACUCGAUAUAAUUAAUUAAGCUCAAGCUCAAGUCAUGUGUGGCUCGAACUCGACUCGACUGCUUCACAACCCUAAAGGUCGCAACGACAGUCAAUCGGUGGCGGCCAAUGGCAAGAGGAGAUUACUCUAAAACAACUAUAAGACUUAAUACUAAUUUUCUUAAUACUUUUUUAAUCAAAAUCACUGUCAUCACCAAUGUACUAUACUUUAAAGCACGUCUUAUAUGAUUCUUGCUGCUGAAUUUUUAAUAUAUAUUGAAUUAA